AUGAGCCUAAAUGCGCCGAACUUGACGGCUGGGGGCAGCUUCAACUUUCUCGUCGAGAAGUAUGACUCGGAGCUCAAGAGGGCAUACGCCGACUCGGGCGAAGCCCGGGAGAAAGUUAAAGAUGGGAAGAAGCGAAUCAAAUCGCUGAAAGCCUGUUUGAAGCGGGUUGAAACGGAGAAGGAGGAGGCCAUUCGUCGUGCGGAGAUUGAGGCGAUGCAAGCCGAGGAUGUCUCGAGUAGAUUCAAGUCCAUGAGAGAUGCGGCAACUAAGGUCGAGGAGGAAAGAGCCGCUUUACUGUUGGAGAAGGCGCGGCUGGAGCGCGAAAAGCUUGAACUUAUCGAGGCGCAUGCGAAGGAGGCUGCUCGUUUGAGAAAGUCUCGGGUUUUCAAGGUCACUAAGGAGCGGGCUAGGGUAACCGCCGUGAUGUGUCCAAAGACGUUCGUUCGACUCGAGCGGAUCCGUAACCGGAAAAACUCUUUUCCGCAGUUUGAUGACGCUCGGUUGCGUUACAGCCAGGCUUUCGGUACCCGAAAAUGUCUUGAGCUCUUGAAGAAAAAAGGGGAUCCGAUUCCGCAGGAGAGAAUCGACUAUUUUCGUCGUAAGGAAGAGCACUGGAGAGCUGAGAUCCUAAAUCGGAUCGGAGAAUUUGAUUGA